AUGACUUGGUACCAUCAUUUACCUGAGCACUCUAUUACGUCUUUUGCAAAGCUCGCAGAUGUAUUCAUCAAAACUCAUGCCGAAGCAAAAAAGGUGAAAGCCAGGAAGGCCGAUAUAUUCAGAAUAGCCCAGAAAGAUGACGAGUUAUUGCGGGAGUUCGUGACAAGAUUUCAAAAGAAACGACUGCUCCUUCCCACAGUACCAAACGAAUGGGCAGCGGAAGCCUUUACUAAGGGUUUAAAUCCAAGAAGUUCUAGUGUAUCACUGAAAUUGAAGGAAAUCUUGUUGGAGUAUCCAACAGUAACAUGGUCGGAUGUGCACAACCGAUAUGAGUCAAAGAUACGCGUAGAAGAUGAUCAGUCGGAGCUUCUGGCUGGGACUGUAGGAAGAGCCAAGGGACGUGAAAAGACGAAACAAGUAGCAAAUUCAUACUUGAAAGCAUUAAAAGACAGAUAUAAACCUUAUGGAGCCCCGGAGCGGUCAAACUUCUGGUCGAAGCGAAGAGGUUUACAAGAUAAGAAUGCCGCUGGGACUUCCUUUGCUAACAACGUGGAAAGUCCCAGGUUGUCUGAAUAUAACUUCAACAUAGAUGCAGCUGAGUUGGUCUUAGCAAUUGGGCGUAUUGAAGGGGAAAAAUUCUCGAAAGAUAUCCAAACAGAUCCUAACCUAAGGGAUCAGAGGUUGAUAUAUGCAUACCAUCAAAUGCAUGACCAUCGGACUGACGAUUGUCGUCACUUGAGAGAUGAAGUAGCACGACUAUUAAAGGAAGGACACUUGAGAGAAUUCUUAAGUGAUCGGGCCAAGGAAAAUUACGACAAAAAUAAAGAUGUAAAUAAGCCUGCAGAACCAGUUAAUCCACAACAUCUUAUUAACAUGAUUAUCGAAGGAGCAGAUGUUGCCGAAACCACCAUCGUGGCUUCAAAGAAAAUGAAGGUGACGGCGCUUCGAGAGAAGAGAUCCAGGGAUUACCUACGGAAUGAGACGAUCACUUUUAAUCAUAAAGAUGCAGAGAAUAUUUCCCAUCCGCACAAUUUCACGUUGGUAAUUUCUGUUAAUAUUAAUAAGUUUCUUGUUAAACGUAUUUUGAUUGAUCCAGUAGCUCGGCCAAUAUAA